UCAGUCAGUCAGUCAAGUCAGCCAGUUAAAUUUUUUAUAUAAUUUAGUCUGUGAAAAUAUUUAGCCCAACGUUUCCUAAAGUUCUUGAAUAAAUGUGAACAUGAGUUGAAUCGGUGUUGGGAGUGACAUUAGUUGGAAGAAUGGAGCUUAUAACGAAUUGGGCCCCAGCGGAAGAAGGGCUCCUCCAAAUAUUGAACCUUCUGAAGGAAUCGCAAAGUCCGGAUACGUCCACUCAGCGGGUCGUUCAUCAGAAAUUGGAGGAAUUAUCAAAAUAUCCAGAUUUCAACAAUUAUUUAAUUUACGUCCUGACUAAGCUAACACCGGAUGGGAGAGCGAAACAUUGGCCGAAUAAUCAAGAAUUCAAAAUUAGUGACGCUACCCGCUCAUUAUCCGGUUUAAUAUUGAAAAAUAAUUUAAAAUCCCACUACGAUUCUUUGCCCGUUGAAACGAUAAAUUUUAUAAAAUCCGAAUGUCUUCACGCCCUCUCCGACCCUUCGAACCUGAUCCGUGCCACGGUUGGGAUACUCAUCACUACGAUCCAAGCUAAGGGGAAAAUUGAAAAUUGGCCUGAACUGAUCCCAUCCCUUUGCCAUCUUCUAGAUUCAAAUGACUAUCACGCUGUUGAGGGAGCAUUCGGAGCGUUGCAAAAAAUUUGUGAAGAUAGUGCCGACGUUUUAGAAGCUGAUGAAACAAAUCGUCCCCUCAAUGUCUUGAUUCCUAAAUUUCUACAAUUUUUUCAACAUUCUAGUGCAAGAAUUAGAUCACAUGCUAUCGCCUGUGUUAACCAAUUCAUCGUCUGUAAAAGUCAAGCGUUACAAGAUAAUAUCGAAUUGUUUGUCCAGUCCCUGUUCCACUUGGCCGGAGAUGAAGAUACGGAAGUGAAAAAGAAUAUUUGUCGCGCCCUCGUGAUGCUGUUGGAUGUUCGACUAGACCGAUUGUUUCCCCACAUGGUUUCAAUUAUCGAGUAUAUGUUGGUCCGGACGCAGGAUCCGGAUGAGUCUGUUGCUUUAGAAGCGUGUGAAUUCUGGUUGACUUUGGCAGAGACGACUAUUUGUCAUGAAGUACUGGCCCCGUAUUUACCAAGAUUGAUUCCGAUACUGGUGAAGGGGAUGCGCUACUCAGAAAUCGACAUAAUUCUGCUAAAGGGUGACGUAGAAGAGGACAAUGAGAUGGUGCCGGAUCGAGAGGAAGAUAUUCGGCCUAGAUUUCACAGAAGUAAAAGCAAGCGCGGAGAUCCAUCUGAACAGCAUCAACAACAUCAUCAACAGCAACAUCUCGGAGGAGGAGGUGGUGGCGAUGGGCUGGGAGAUGAUGAAGACGAGGAUGAAGAUGAAGAAGAUGAUUCUGGAUUAUCAGAUUGGAAUUUAAGAAAAUGCAGUGCUGCUGCUUUGGACGUAUUAGCACAUGUUUUCCGUGAUGAGCUAUUACCCACAUUGCUCCCAAUUUUAAAAGAGACCCUUUUCCAUUCGGAGUGGGAAGUUAAAGAGAGUGCGAUUCUUGCCCUGGGAGCUAUUGCGGAAGGUUGCAUGAGUGGGAUGCUCCAGCACCUUCCCGAACUGAUUCCAUAUUUGAUCACGUCAUUAAAUGAGAAAAAGUCUCUCGUGCGCUCCAUCACGUGUUGGACCCUAUCGCGUUACUCCCACUGGGUAGUUUCCACCGCCACAGGGAAUUCCCACGAACUUUAUCUAAAACCAUUAAUGACUGAACUCUUGAAACGAAUCUUGGAUACGAACAAGCGCGUCCAGGAAGCUGCUUGCUCAGCAUUUGCCACUUUAGAAGAAGAGGCUUGCACAGAAUUGGUUCCUUACUUGGGAUACAUUUUGGAAACUUUGGUCUUUGCUUUUGGAAAGUAUCAACAUAAAAAUCUAUUAAUUCUUUAUGAUGCCAUUGGAACACUGGCCGACAGUGUAGGACAUCAUCUGAAUAGCACGGAAUUCAUACAAUUAUUAAUGCCACCACUUAUUAACAAAUGGAAUCUGCUGAAAGAUGAAGAUAAAGAUUUAUUUCCUUUACUUGAGUGUUUGAGUUCGAUAGCGACAGCAUUACAAGCAGGAUUUUUACCUUAUUCCGAACCCGUAUAUCGUCGCUGUGUGUCCCUGGUUGAGCAAACUCUAAAUCAGCACAUUGCAAACGUACAGAACCCAGAACAGUUUGAAGCGCCGGAUAAAGAUUUUAUGAUUGUUGCGUUGGAUCUCUUAUCCGGACUGGCAGAAGGAUUGAACGGCUUUAUCGAAAAAUUAAUCGCCAAUUCUAAUAUCUUACAGUUACUUUAUCAGUGCAUGCAGGAUCCGAUGCCGGAGGUUAGACAGUCCUCAUUCGCAUUACUUGGUGAUUUAACUAAAGCUUGCUUUCAACACGUUUCACCUUUCGUUUCCGACUUCCUCCCACUACUCGGUCAGAAUCUAAACCCAGAACUGAUCUCCGUUUGUAAUAAUGCCACAUGGGCAAUUGGGGAAAUUAGUGUCAAAUUAGGGGCCGAUAUGAGAGGAUAUAUCCCUAUGAUACUAAAUCAACUCAUCGUCAUCAUUAAUUAUCCUACCACACCCAAAACACUCAUGGAAAAUACGGCAAUCACGAUAGGACGAUUGGGUUACGUCUGUCCUGCCGAAGUUGCUCCAAGUCUGCCACAAUUUGUGAGAAAGUGGUGCUCGAGUCUACGAAACAUCCGUGACAAUGAGGAGAAGGAUUCAGCAUUUCGCGGAAUGUGUUUAAUGAUCCAAGCGAAUCCUUCUGGAAUUCUUAAUGAUUUCAUUUUCUUUUGUGAUGCUGUGGCCAGUUGGACUAAUCCUAAACCCGAUCUUAAAGACAUGUUCUCUAAGAUCCUCCACGGUUAUAAACAGCAACUAUCUUCUGAGAACAAUGUAGGAUGUUGGAAACAAAUAACGGAAAAUUUUCCUCCCCAAUUGGCUGAACGAUUAACGAUCGUUUAUGGAAUUUAAUUAGUAAUUAAACAAAAUUAGUAUGAAAAAAUUUUAAUUUAAAAAAU